AAUUUCAAGGGACACAGACAACCUUUGGGAUUCAGAUUCCGCAAGAUCCAAGGAGUUACCCAACUGCAUGUUCGGAAACAUGCUAUGGUGAAUUGGUGCCCAAAUGAAGAGGACAACCAGUAUGACAGAGAAGCCCUUGGUCCAGAUUUUGGGUACUUGGUCCUGAAGACAAUUCCACCUGUUGAUGCAUUUACUUCCUUGGUACAUCCUGACUGGGACAGGGCAGGGUUGAAAAGAGUGAAGACCUCAAUACCUAACUACUUUCCAAGGAUGCCAGAGGACAAGAUUCAAGCAUGGAACAUGUUCUCCCUCGAUACCCUUCAACCGGAAGUCACUCUGUACAUCAGGACUCUUAUGGAACACAAGAGGACAUUGACCACACCAGGAAUGACUCCAGCCAUGCUGAACUUCCUGAGGGGCAUGGAGAAACAGUUACUUGGACCUCUUGAACAGCCUAUCAUUGGUUCAGUGGGAAGCCGCAGGCAGGGGACAUUUGGUGGAACAGAAGAUCUCCAACCGGGAAUGCUUGCAGCUGUUUAUACAGAUGAUGAGCUAUCCCGUCCUUGGUUGGGAGAGAUACAGGCAGUAGAUGAUGUCAAUAUGGUGAAGAUCCACUGGUAUACGGGAGGCUAUCCCAAAUCAUGGAAGCCCAUGCCUGGAACCAACAGCACAUCAUCUGUUCACCGUGAAUCCCUUCUAUUGUGGGGGUUUACACUUACUGAGAAAAGUCAGCGACUCAGAAGUGAAACAGCUGCAGAAUUGAAGCGGCUCUAUCGAGAAACCGAUGACCGGAUGGCGAUCCAGCAGAAUACGUCUCAGAGCAAGUAA